ACUAUAAAAAAAACUCGUCGAAAGUUUGACAGCGAAUUGUUUUUGUUUGCUUUUUUGCAAGUGAAAAUAUUUUUCUAGUUUUCCUGGUGCUGUAGUGCAAAUAUCAAAUUGAAAUCGAUCGGAAAUUGACCAGGAACUCCCAUCCCAAGGAUGAAUAUAUCAAUUGAGCGAAAGAAACCCGAUGUAUCGGCGCUGCAGAGGGACAAAGUCGAUGUCUACUAUAUCAGCCCCUCCAGUGGAGCCUCAGCUGCUGGUAAGAAAGUCGAUGUGGUUGGCCCCAGGGUGACUCCUCAGCUCACUCGUCACUUGAUUGGGGGCCCCGGAGACGCCAUGGACCUCUCUCCGGGCAUCUCUGAGUGUCACCCAACGGCUCGUCUUCUAACAUCCAAUUCCUCCUUGUCACACUCCCUGAUGCAGCGAUCUCUGGGCAUCAAGCGCAAAUUGCCCGAGAAUCUGCCACAGUCUCCGGGACAGUCGCGUCAUCCAUUCCCGGACUACAGUCGAGGAGGGAUGCGCACAGAUGUCUCCUUGGUACCGCCAAUUCGUCAGACAGCGUCGAUCUUCAAGCAGCCCGUGACGGUGUACAAGACUCAGGACAGCAAAGUCAAGUCAGAUAUCAAGCAUGGGGUCCAGGAGCGUCCUAAGCAGCUGUUCUGGGAGAAACGGCUAGAAGGACUUCGAGCGUGUGAUGUUGAUGGGCAUGAGUUCACGGCAAUUGAGAUGUCCAAAGGAUUGAGGCCAGUAGGACCAAAUGUGACAGAGACUACCCUGCUCCAGUCAAUUGCAACAUCCCUGCAUGUGUCCAAUCACUCAGUCACCGGACAGACUGCCUCCAGAUCAGCUCUGGCGGCCAAUCCGGGGGUUUUUCUCAAUGCAGAUCAGCCCCUGAUGUAUUCCUACAGUAUCAGCGAGGAGGAUAUCCGGCGGCAGGAGGACCGAGUAUCGUCAGCCAGGAAGAAAUUGCAGGAGGCUCUGAAGUAGAACGCCGGGAAUUUCCCCUUCGACGAGUUUAGACGAGUGAUUUUGCUUGAGCUCGACCGUGGAGAAGGUUUUCCGGGAGUUUUUCGCUAAUAUAUUCAUAAAAUAGUUGUAGAAAAUAAAGCAUAAUCAUGAAUAUUUCAUCACGCAUCCACCAAACUAUAAA